UUUAAAGGCACAAUAAAACAAGAAUUUUAUUUCUUUCACUCUCUCCAACCCUUCGAGAUUUUGCCUCUAUUCCCCCCAAAAAUUUCCACUCUAAAGAGAAGAAAGAAAAACCCUAGUUUCGCUUGCUCUGGACUUUUUUGUUCCCUUUUCGUUUCCGGCGACUUUCGUGGCUAAUUGAUUUGUGCAAUUGGGGUCGAGGAGGGAGAUGGAGGAUGCUGACCAGAAUAAGCUCUUUGUUGGGGGCAUUUCGUGGGAGACGACGGAGGAUAUUCUGAACGAGCAUUUCAACAAAUACGGCGUCGUUUCGGGCUCUGUGAUUGCUAAGGAUCGUGUUUCGGGCCAGCCCAGGGGUUUCGCCUUUGUUACCUUCUCUGAAUCGUCGGCCGUUGAUCGGGCGCUUCAGGAGUCCCAUCAGAUUCUUGGCAGAACGGUGGAAGUGAAAAGGGCUAUUCCCAGGAGCGAACAACAGAGUCAACAGCAGCAUAAUAGUAGGGGAUUGAGUAGAAACUUUAGUGGCACUAAUAAAGGUAGGAACACUGAUGAAUUUAGGACAAAGAAGAUUUUUGUAGGGGGGUUGUCUACUAACUUGACUGAACAAGAAUUCAGAAGUUACUUUGCAAAGUUUGGUAGAAUCACUGAUGUAGUCGUGAUGCAUGAUAACAUGACCCAUAGGCCAAGGGGUUUCGGUUUCAUCACUUAUGACUCUGAGGACUCUGUCGAGGAGGUUAUGCAGAAGAACUUUCACGAAUUGGCUGGAAAGCUUGUGGAGGUCAAACGAGCUGUACCAAAAGACGGGAGUAACAGUAGUGGCAAUGGUUAUGGCCGAAGGUUAGGCAGUGAUAGAAGCUCUAACUUUAAUUCUUAUCAUCAGCCAGGUGAUUAUAUGCCUUACAAUCCAAGAUUCGGUUAUUUUCCCACUGGAUAUGGAGUUGGAAUGUUUGGUGGUGUUUAUCCUUCUGGUGGGUAUGGUGGAAUUAGUUAUGGGCUCUAUUCAGUUGUCCCAAGGAGUCUAUGGCCUCCUGCAAUGGUUGGUGUUAGAGGCAGUUUUUGGCCUUAUGCAAAUCCUACACCUGUUUUUUCCUCCUAUUUGAAUGGUGAGCCCGUUAAUUUGGUUCCAAAUGGAUAUGGAGGUUUGUCGGGAAGUGGGUUUGUUGGAAAAUCAGGGCAAAUGGGCGGUGGAGAUGGUCAACACUCGGCCGAGUCGACACUCUCUCACUGUUCUGCAAGUAACGUAGGUAGCCAUCUUAUUGGUGGGGGUAAAGACCUUGGAGCUGGUGCUAGCAGGCAGGGUAAAAGAGAUGCUAACGGUAAGUCUUACCAAGAAACUACUAAUUCGAGCUGACAACUCAUGCGUAUUUAUUUGUGGAUAUUGACAUGGUAGAAAAAUUUCUCCCACUGAUGGAUCUGGGCUAUUGGUUGUCUUGAUGUAUCCUGUUUAGAUGACUUUCUAAUUCUUACAUUUUUUUUUUUUUUUAA